AGAAGAAAGGUCGAAGGCUUUAUGUGAGGCAGUGCAGGUAGAAACUGAGCCCAAACUCAAAAAGGGACUGAUCUAAGUUUUAAUACCGGGGAUGCGCGUGCACUGACGAAGUUCAGUACAGUUUCAUGUUUAGGGCUGCGCAACGCGAGCGCGCACACAGACCCCUGUGUGUCCUGUGUGUGAGACAGAGUGCAUAGUGUUACCCACAGUGCUGACGGUGGAGCUGCUGUGGGGUCAGAGAGGCAGGACGCAGGCUGGGAUCAGCUGACCUGCUGCUGCUCAGAUAUCAGCAGCUGCACACGACCGUUUCCGACCCCAGACAGGGACAAAGUCGGUGGUGAAGGUAGGAACCCAGCCCAGGUCAGAGUGAUGGUCAUGUUGAGACCUCUGAGGAUCCUUCUGUCUGUCCUGAAAACCCAUCCGAGCCGCUGCUGUUCAGGCUUCGUUUCCAGGAUGAGAUAUGUGAACAGGCUGAAGGAGGAUGAUGAGGCGUGCGCCGCAGCGCUGAAGGACGGUCGAAUUUUUCUCUUCCACCAUUUGUCUCCUCUGCUGCAACGCACUGACACAGGAACCUUCAGACCAGCACUUCUCACCUCCUCAGAUGUGCAGUCGAUCCUGCAGCAGCUCGGUUCAGAUGGUUCCCUGCUGAAGGAGUCGGUUCUGAUUGGCUGUUCGGAACAGAACCAGGCUCAGUUCUGUCUGGAUGUCGGAGAACUGGACCAGGCAGCACUAGAAGAAAACUUUAAGGGGAACUUUAUAGACCUGAGGAAAGCCUUUUUUCUCCUGGAUGGUCCUGAGGCCCCUCUAGUGGCCAAGAGUCAGGCCCUACUGCGCUGGCAUCAAACCAGCAGGUUCUGCAGUGCUACGGGCCAGCCGACCCAGCGCAACCAGGCCGGCAGCCAGAGGGUCUGCAGCAGCAGCUCCACCAUCUACUACCCCAAGAUGUCUACGGUGGCGGUCGUCCUGGUGUCUGAUGGGAAACGGUGUUUGCUGGGACGACAGUCGUCCUUCCCUCGAGGGCUGUACAGCGUUCUGGCCGGCUUCUGUGACAUGGGUGAGACUCUGGAGGAAGCGCUCUGCAGAGAAGUGGCAGAGGAGGUGGGUCUAGAGAUUCAGAGCAUCUCCUACAGCUCCUCACAGCACUGGCCGUUCCCUCACAGCUCUUUCAUGUUGGGCUGCCACGCCUCGGUUAGCCCUGCCCACACUCAGCUGAGCGUGGACAACUCAGAGCUGGAGGAUGCCCGGUGGUUCACUGUGGAGGAAAUCACCGACGCCCUGCAGGUUAAGACUCCACCCAGGAGAGGCGAUCCCCCCAGCCUCUGGUUGCCGCCUAAACCCGCCCUCGCAAACCGCCUCAUCAGGGAGUGGGUGGAGCGACAGGACAGAACAUGAUGUCAGACUUUACAUCAACAGUGAUGCGACCCACAGAGAUUCUUCAUCUGCAGAACCAGGACCAGCCAGAGGUGGAGCCAAAUGACCGAGCUGCACUCCGAGUCUUGCCCUGAUUCAUCAGGUCACAUAUCACUUCAUGUCAGAUGCAGAGCCAAACCUGACCCUCGUCCUCUGUCUCGUUUCGGAAGUUUUUCUCUGUGAAACAAAUGAGCCCCCAAAUGUUCAGUUUAACAAACCGAGCUGCCUGAGCGCAUUUGAGGCCACGGUGUCUCACCUGUCCAGGUUUACAUAAGGAGCUGUUUUCACUGCUCUGCUUCUCUUCGCGCCACAUUUUCUCAUCCUCCUUUUUGAACCCCAGUUUUACGUCUUGUGUAGAUCUUAUUUUGCGUUAUUUUCUGUGAAACUGAAGUAACAAACAAAUAUCACUCGCUCGCUCUUCGUCUGUGGUAUUUUUCCUCUAGACUCAGUCAUGAUUAAGCAGUUUGUAAUGAAGGUUUGAUGUGAGAUUAUUGUCUGAUUUCAGACUUGGUGCAUGAAUCUGGUGUGUCUGCCUUGUUGUCAGGAUUACUGCCAAUAAAUGACUUCUCCAAUCUGAUGUGUGUGCAGGUUAUGAUCCAGCGUCACUUUACAGCAGGAGUGGGCAAACUUUUUGGAUCUGGGGCAACAUUGACUUUUUGAAAUUUGACAGACAGGCCAGGCCAGCACCAGAUACAUACAUAUGAAACAUAAACAUAAAAAAGGCAUUACAGUGUUAAUAUUUACAUUUACUUUUAGUGGGAAUAGUGUUGUUUUUGCCAAUGCAUCGAAGUCUGGUGUUAGUUUUGUUGUAGCAAUUCUCAGAAUCCUCGAUUAUAAUUAUGAUUUGAUUUGGGCAAUUCUGUACCAAUCUUCGGCGGGCUGGAUUAAAAAGACCAACG